GCCACCACUCCAAGGAGACUUGAAGAUGUACAGCCAGCGGUUUGGCACUGUCACAAGGGAAUUCAAGGGCCCUACUCCCAAGGCGGUGAUCAUAGCUGCGUGAACUUUUAGCAUCAGAAGAGAAUGAGUAUUUUACUGAAAUGCAAUUGAAAGGAGAAACCAUUGAAGAGAAAAAGAACAGAAUGAGAGAGAGAACCAAAUUAUUAAGAGAGAAGAAGGAAAAAGAGAGGCAGGAUUUUGUAGCUGAAAAAUUACAUCAGCAAUUCAGGGAACACUGUGAGGAGCUCCGCAAUAAAUUAGUUGAUGUUCAUGAGAAAAGGGUAGUUGAGGAGCGGAAAGCACAGAUAGCAUUCAACAAGGAGCUGAAAAGGCAAAAGCUGGUGGAAGAGCGUAUGUUUGCACAACUCUGGGAGGAAGACAGAUUAGCCAAGGAAAAGAGAGAAGCCCAAGAAGAGAAGAGAAGGAAAGAGCUGGUGGAAAAUACACGCCUGGGGCUGAAUGCUCAAGUCACCAGCAUUCUGGCACAAAGGCAGGCGGAACUUCGGAUGAAGGAAGCAGAGGGCCGCUUCCUGGAGCAGAACAGGGCACAGAUUAAACUACAGAAUGAACAAGAGAAGCUCCAGAAACUGAAGACAAUGCAGGAAACUAGGAACAUUUUGGAAAAAGCCUUGCAAGAGAAGAUAGAGUAUAUGCAGCAGGAGUAUAGAGAGGAUACGAACUUGAACAUGAAACUUGUGGGAAGGGCCCUUCAAGACUUACAAGAGGAAGAAGAUAAGAAGAAGCAAAAGAGAGAAGACAUGGGACGAGAACAGAAGAUAUAUAAUGACUAUCUAAUACAACGACGAAAGGAAGAAAAGGCCCAGGAGAAAGAACUGGACAGAAUACUAGAGGACAUAAAGGCAAAGAAAAUGGCUGAGAAAGAUCGGCAGCUGACUCUUGAAAAGGAGGCAAGGAAGCAACUCUCAGAUGAAGUCAUGUGUACAAGAAAACUCCAAGUUCAAGAAAAACGGCAACGAAAACUCAAAGAAGAAGAAGAACUUGCUAGGGAACAGGAGCGUAUAAAUGAAGGCCUGAAGGUCCUUGACUAUGAAGAGAGUCAGAAUUUUGCCAGGCGCUGUUACUUGGCUAAGGAGUACAGGGAUCAACUUCAGAUGCAGAUUGCCUACCAGCAGCAGGCUCGAGAGGCCGCGAAGGCAGAUGAGUGGAAGGAAUUUGAAGAGGCGAUGGCAGCAAGCAAAGUCCACCAGGACAGGAUACAGGAGAUUGUCGCUGGUGAUCAAGCUCUGUCCCAGAGUGUUCACCCCAUGCGCAGGGCAUUCCCUGACAGGCUUCCGAAAUAGCUUUGUAAACAUCAAUGUACAUUUUCUGUGUCUUUCAGUAUUUUUAACUAAUUGGUAAAUUCUUACUCUCCGAGUUUGUAUACUUUUUUUAGACAUAAUUUUCUUCCUUCAAAUAAAUUUGUUAUUUGUUUGGAUCCUAAUAAAUUCUUCAUUGCUAUG